GGGAGCGGCGGCGUCUGCGGCAGUGACGCUGCCAUGUGACGUCCUUCCCUCUGCCCGGCAGACAGACUAUGGCGUCCGGCGCGGACCAAGAGCGGCAGCUGCGCUUUUACAGGGAGCUUCCUAAAGUGGAGCUCCACGCCCACUUGAAUGGCUCCAUCAGUUCUGUUACUAUGAAGAAACUUCUGGCUCAGAAACAAUAUCUUCAAAUCCAUAAUGGAAUGACAAUGAUUGACAAGGGGAAGAAAAGGACUUUAGAAGAAUGUUUUCAGAUGUUUAAUAUUAUUCAUCGGAUUACCAGUAGGACCGAAGAUAUAUUAAUGGUAACUAAAGAUGUUAUUAAAGAAUUUGCUGCCGAUGGUGUCAAGUAUCUGGAGUUAAGGAGCACACCUAGAGAGGAAAAUGACACUGGCAUGACCAAAAGGACAUAUGUGGAAGCUGUACUUGAAGGAAUAAAACAGUGCAAAGAGGAGGAUUUGGAUAUAGAUGUCAGGUUUUUAAUAGCAAUAGAUAGAAGAGGUGGACCUAUCGUGGCCAAGCAAACUGUUAAACUUGCUGAAGAGUUCCUCCUUUCCACCAAUGGGAUUGUGGUAGGGCUUGACCUCAGUGGUGAUCCCACCGCAGGACAUGGCAAAGAAUUUUUUGAACCCCUUUUUGAAGCGAAAAAGGCAGGUCUGAAACUGGCAUUGCAUCUUUCAGAGAUCCCAAAUAAAGAAGAGGAGACCAAAAUUCUCCUUGGUUUGCCUCCAGACAGAAUUGGACAUGGUACAUUUCUCAACUCUACAACAGGUUCAGAGGACCUUGUGCAGCUUGUUAGACAGAAUCACAUACCUAUAGAACUUUGUGUGACGUCAAACUUCAAAAGUCAGACUGUACCUUCCUGUGACAAACACCAUUUUGGAUACUGGUACAACAUGGGCCACCCUACUGUACUUUGUAUAUCUACGUGGAAUGACAGGAAGUUCCAUGCAUACGUGUGUAAUGUAAGGAGAGGGCUUGAACGUCUAUACAGACUGUGAUACCAGAAUCAGGGCUUUUUUUUUAUGGCCAUCCACUGCACAUGCAAGAUGCUGUGCUAGCAGGAGAUAUAGCUGUUACACCCAUUCUAUCAUGCAUAUGAACUGUCAUGUCUUUAAGAGCAUGAUGGUUAAAUAGGUGCAGUUUGACUAGUAUCCUGAUUGUUCAGUCAUCCAAAGUGAUUACACUGUAAUAAGCAGCAUUUGGACCUCAGUUUUGAAUACAGCUAAGUGGAAUAACACAAUGAAUCCAACUGAACCAGAGAAGAAGCCUUUCAUGGAUAUGUGGGUAUGCAAGUAAGUGAUAUCAUCAGAGUGUAGUAUUCUGUAUACAGUUUGGGCAGCACUUUAGGAUGAAAGGAGCUAUAUAAAAUGUAAGAUACUUUGGCUCACAUUAAAAAUUAUAACAAUUCCCCAACAGGCAUGGAAGGGAGACUGCAGAUGUAGGACAGUUGUGUCACACCAAUCUAAUUAGUCUAUUUUUCUAUAUUAAAUAUUCUUAUGGUUAAUUUUUAAAAGGUAUUAUAAGAAGUAAAAAUCAACACUCCUUCUCAUUGACUGUUUUUCAUGGCAGAUGAAGGAAAGAAGCUACAGUAGACAAAACCUAGCAAGGCACCCUGGAUUUGUACUGGCUGGUUAGUGAAACAGGAGGGACACAGUAGCUGUGAUUAUGUUUUGGGCUUCAUUUUCUUCUGUCCUUUCCUCUAACUAGCCCAGAGACUGAAUCGGUCGCACACUGCAAAAGACAUAAAGCAGAUACAGCUCAUGUGAAGUAGGAAGAUGGUGUCAACACAAUUUUUACAAAUUUACUCAAUGGAAAAUUUCCCCAAGAACUUCAGUUUAAUCACCCUUUUCCAGUCCCCACUGUGAUUUGCCUAUAGCAGUGUCAGUUCUUAGUGCUCACAUAAAACUGGUAUGUUAACCAAUGUGUUCUGGUAGUAUUUGGUUUGAGUUACUUUGGCCUUCUAUUA